AAAUAAGUUAAUUAACAUAUAUAUUCAAAUUGUUGGUUGAAAUUACCUUGAAAUUGUUGGAUGUAUGUAAAAUUUAAGCAUUUUCCAAAGAAGGUUUUUUUUUUUUUCUAUUUUACAAGAAAAUAGUUAGAUUUCUUUCUAUAAAUUUGUAUCUUACCGUUUUUGAAUAAAUAGGGAAAUUUAUGUAUAAGAGAGCAAAUUAUUGAAUCUAAACAUAACAAAGAGAAACAUGUCUCAAGGCACCUGGCCUCGUUAUCCACCCUGCGCAAGCGGUUCUUGCACUGAUCCUAUUUGCUGCUCUCAUGGACGUAAGUUCACGUGGCCUGAAUUGCUGGGAAAGAAUGGACAAGUAGCUAAAGCAACAAUUGAAAAGGACAAUCCUGAAGUAACUGUGGAGAUAAUAACACCAGGAAGAGUUGGCUUUCCUGAUUUUUGCUGCAAUCGUGUUUACCUUGUCCUUGACAAUAAUGGCAAUGUUACCAAUAUGCCUACUGUUGGUUAAGACAACAAUUUCAAUAUGUCAAGCUUAUGACUAAUAAUAAACAUUUUGCCAAUUAAUAAAGAAAACAAUGGGGAUUGUUCCAUUCUCUUUCUUUCAUUCAAUUUCAUCCUCUUUGUUUCACAUCCAUAUGAAAUUGAGAGACCUGCAAGGUUUGCUUCUGCAUUAUGUCAACUAAUGACCUUUUUACAAUGCUGAUCAUUUUUUUUCUUUUGUUUUUGUAAAUGAAGAUGAUAUUCAAUAGAUUUAGGGUUCAAAUCUCAACACUUACAAUCUCUUUUCCUGAUACAAUCAACUUUGAAAAAAAAAAAAA